UUCUUCGCCUCCUCUCCCUCUGUCGUUAUCCCGCCAACCCAAUCGGAAUACUUCACAAACGACCACAACAAUGCGCCAGCGACAUCCAACCCACUGCUAAAUGGCUUCAACGAUUCCCUCACGCCCUCCGGCUCUCUCCCCGUCACCCCAGGCUCCAUGGCCGGGCGCAAACGGUCGCGCGGCGACAUGCACGAGCCAGAUGAGGACGAGUACGUCGAGGACGACGGCUCGCACGUGACUCCAGCAACCGAGUACCCAGCGUUGCAACGCCCCGAACCAAUCCUAGGCCCGGGCAUGACUCUCAUCCAUCCCGACGAUCCCGGCUAUCCCGCCCGUCCAGAGUCGCAAUCCGGCACAUGGGUAGACGAACGCAGUCAAGUCACCGAGCAGCAACGACCAGCGAUGAGCACGCGCAAAUUGCAACGGAUGGGCUCCCGCACCGUCGCAGCCGAUGAUCUGGCGCAGCUGCUUCUGCCGCACGAAAUGCGCGAUGUCACCGCCGAGCCGCUCAUAGAUGAAGCGACGCGCACGCUAGGCAUCAGCUGGACGCGCAUGGACGCCAGUGAAGCGCUGCUGAUCAGUCAAGCCGCCUACUCCAAAUGGAUUCAGAACCACUACCCGGCCCUCCAAGACGUGGCCGUUUGGUUCGAAAACAGCGCCAUCCCGGGGUAUCUAGUAGCUGCGCGGAACGCAUACAACAGCCGCAUAGAAUACUACAUUUUCUCGCACGAUUUGAUGGAGGCGAGAUUGGUGACGAGUGAUGCAGCGCAGCUCAUUCCGAGGCUGCAAAUGUUGCCUGCACUACACCUCGCUGCACCAGGCGGGUGUCUCAAAGCGGAGAUGGAU